AUGUCUCGCAUCCAACGGAUAGUUUCAGUGCACGCCCGCUCUCUGAUUGCAAUUGCUGUGUUGGGUGCGCACUUGACUCCAGCGCGUGCUGACUGCAUUGGCGGACCAAACCCAGAAGACGUCAUCGGCCAGCUUGUUGCCGCACCAUAUUCGAGACUGGAGCGUCCUGACAGCGAUGGCCCGCCGACCAAAGUGGCUACCCAGCUCUACCUGGAAUCGCUCAACUCUGUCGACGAGAAGGGCAACGCGGUGGACGUGUCGGGCUAUUGGCGCAUGAGUUGGAAGGACCAACGAUUGAACUUCACAUCGGUGGAGGAUGGCGGUUGCUUCGACUCCCUGAAUCUGCCCCUUCAGGGCUCUGGGAAAAUUCCGUUGGAGUCACCAGACGUCUGGGUUCCUGACCUCUACUUCUCGACUGCCCUGUCUGAGUCCUAUGGCUCCAAUUUCUUACAGGUGUCCUACACUGGCUCAGUGUACGUGUCGGCCCGCUUCAAGCAUAGCUUCAAGUGCGUAAUGGAUUUCUCCGAAAUGCCUUUUGACAGACAGAAAUGUACGAUCGACAUCCUGUCGUACACAGAGGAUGCUUCCAUGGUUGAGCUUUCCGCCAAAGAUGACCUCGGAAUCGAACUCCCAGAAGCAGGCGUAUGGCUCCCCGCGUGGAAGGUCAGUGAGACGGGCCACAGGUUCCAUGUGCAGCAGUACGGCACCGGGGAGAACGCCAUGCAGUGGCACACGCUGAAGCUAGACUUUACUCUCGAACGCUCCUCGGGGUACCACAUCAUGAACGACGUGCUCUACGGAAUCCUGUUUGUGGCAAUGUCUUGGACUGGCUUCUUCGUCGCGCGGACGAACGCGCCCGCGCGAGUUGCGCUGUCCCUUCUGCCCGUGCUAACCAUGCUGAAUCACAUCAGGGGCGUGCAGAGCCAGCUCCCGCGUAUCUCCGAGAUGACCUGGCUGAGCGCGUUCCUUCUCGUGAGUCUGAUCUACAACGUCGCUGCGGUUCUCGAGUACGGCCUAGUGUCCUCCCUGCUCAGCAAGGAGGACGCGCGCGCGGAGAGACUGCGCGUCCUCCGCGCGCUCUCGGCGCACCUGGGCGAGGCCUACGAGAGGCAGCUCACGCAGCGCUCGACGUUCCCGCCACUUGCGGACGAGGAGGAGGAGGCCGUGGAUCUGGAGGUGGAGGAGGGCGACCCGCGAAGGAAGGUCUGCAAGAGCCUCUCGGGCCUGCACGUGUCGAGCCUGCUGCCGACGCAGCAGCGCACGGUGCACGCCGCGAUGAGGCUGUUCGACGACGGCGACGGCAUCGUUAGCAGGGUGGAGAUGCGGAGAGGAUUGCGCCACUUCAACAUCUACUACACUGCGGAGCAGGUGACAGAGAUCUUCGCCACGAUGGGCGUCGAGGAUGGCCAGGGAAUGCCCAUGUCCACGUUUCUCAAGUACCUGAAGUCUAUGACAGAACCUAGCCCGACGCUGCAGAAGGGGUUCCUUGACAAGCCUCCCUCCAUGCAGUUGGACAUUGCGAUGCGAUACGGAUUCCUUCUGAGUUACAUUUUGGUGCUGGUCACUAUGGUGCCAACGGCUGCAUCCACUCGACCCUGA